UUCUUUCCCCCUCAUUCUCCUCAGCGGCGGACAUGAUGGCAGAGGCAGCGCUUUCCUCUCCCGUUUCUUCUCUUCCUGCUGCUUCUUCUCUUUCUUCGGAAGCCGAAGUCCGGCAGAGGCUUCUCCGAAAUGCCAAGAAAGAGGUGAAACAAAUAAUGGAAGAAGCCGUUACCAGGAAGUUCGUCCAUGAAGACAGCAGCCAUAUUAUUUCCUUCUGCGCGGCGGUGGAGGCUUGCAUCUUGCAUGGGCUGAAGCGCCGUGCGGCGGGAUUCCUGCGCAGCAACAAGAUGGCGGCCCUUUUCCUGAAGGCCGGGAAGAGCUUCCCUCCCGCAGAAGAGCUCUGCCGAAAAGUCCAGGGCUUUGAGCAGGCCAUCGAGAACAUGCGAAACCAAGGGUCUGGAAUGCAGGAAAAUGUUCGCAACAAGAUGGCAAAAUUUCCGAAUCUUUCUCCACAAGCCAUUCGUCAUCUUUGGAUCCGGACGGCGCUUUUUGAAAAAGUUCUGGACAAAAUUGUUCAUCACUUGGUUGAAAACAGCAGUAAAUACUAUGAGAAGGAAGCCUUGCUGAUGGACCCAGUCGAUGGACCGAUCCUUGCUUCGUUGCUCGUGGGGCCCUGUGCCUUGGAAUACACCCGAAUGAAGACUUCGGACCACUUCUGGACUGACCCGUCAGCUGAUGAACUGGUGCAGCGCCACCGCAUCCAUGGCUCCUCCCACGGCCGCCAGGACUCUCCCACCAAGCGCCCUGCCCUCUGUAUCCAGAAGAGGCACUCGUCCACUGGGAGCAUGGAUGACCGGCCUUCCCUCUCAGCCCGGGAUUACGUGGCCUCCCUCCACCAGAACAACAGGGCCACCCUCCUCUAUGGCAAGAACAAUGUACUCGUCCAGCCGCGAGAUGACAUGGAGGCCAUUCCGGGCUACCUAUCCCUCCACCAGACGGCCGAUGUGAUGACCCUCAAGUGGACGCCCAACCAGCUCAUGAACGGAUCCGUGGGGGACCUUGACUAUGAGAAAAGCGUCUACUGGGACUAUGCCAUGACCAUCCACUUGGAGGAGAUCGUCUACUUGCAUUGCCACCAACAAGUGGACAGUGGAGGCACAGUGGUUCUGGUGAGUCAGGAUGGGAUCCAACGCCCCCCUCUCCGCUUCCCCAAAGGAGGGCACCUCCUCCAGUUCCUAUCCUGCCUGGAGAAUGGCCUCCUGCCCCAUGGACAACUGGACCCUCCCCUGUGGUCCCAGAGGGGAAAGGGGAAAGUCUUCCCGAAACUGAAGAAGAGAAGUUCUCCGGGGUCUUCGGAGUCAGACAAAGAGGAUGAAGAGGCCACCGAUUACGUCUUCCGGAUCCUCUACCCAGGCAUGCAGUCCGACUUUGUUUCCCAGGACAUAAUGGAUGCAGCAUCAGGCGCCAUUCCACCAAUAUGGCAGCCGAGCACCCGGAAGUCCUCCUGCUCGUCAUGCUCCCACAGUGGCUCCACCGAUAGUGGACCGCCCAACAUGUGCAACCACGAAAGAACUCCACUCAAGCUCCUUUGUGACAACAUGAAAUACCAGAUACUUUCUCGAGCAUUUUAUGGAUGGCUGGCCUACUGCCGCCACCUUUCCACCGUGCGGACACACCUUUCGGCGCUGGUCAACCAUGACAUUGUGUCCCCGGAUGUGCCUUGCGACGCGAGUUUGGGUCUGAUGGCUGACGUCUGGGAGGCGUUUCUGCAGGACAACACGAAAAUCAACGAAAGCGAGUUGCUACGGCUGGUCUACUUUGGAGGCGUCCAGCAUGAAAUCAGGAAAUCUGUUUGGCCUUUCCUCCUUGGACAUUACCAAUUCAGGAUGUCCGAAGCAGAGAGGAGAGAGGUUGACCUCCAGACCCGCUCAGCCUACGAACAGACAAUGGCAGAGUGGCUUGGCUGUGAGGCCAUUGUCCGCCAGCGCGAGAAGGAGUCGCAUGCUGCUGCCUUGGCCAAAUGCUCUACGGGGGCCAGCCUAGACUCCACCAUGGAGCGCCUCAUGCAUGGCCACUCCACCCUCAGCAGCGAGUCUUCGCAGAGCAGCAGUUCCGGCCCGCAGAAACUGACACGGCUUCAGAGCGACUCAAGCGGAAGCACCCAGGUUUUCGAAUCAGUUGAUGAAGCAGAACAAACUGAAUCCAAACUUGACAACGGUGAAUCAAAACGGGCCAAAACGCCAGACCGGAUGGAUUCCGAGGAUGGUGACAGCAGUUUCUUCGAUACUCUUCUUCUCGUACAAAAUUCAUAUGGUGCUGAGAUGGAAGUGGAAAGCCGAAUGACUACGGUGGAGGGUGAGGGUGAAUUACGGGGUCCCGAUUUCCUCGAUCAAGAGAAGCCUUCCAAUGAGAGUUGGGUUGACCGCAACGGGGAGCGUCCAAACUCAAGUGAAGAAGACGACCUCUCGGAGGAGCCAGAAAUGGAGAGCCUGUACCCACCGCUGGACUCAUGCUCCUUGGCUGUCACCGACUUGACCGUCAGGGAAGUCUCACCCGUCUCGUCUUCGGGGGUCACUUAUUCCCCUGAACUGCUAGACCUCUACACGGUCAACCUCCACCGGAUUGAGAAGGACGUCCAGCGGUGCGACCGUAACUAUUGGUACUUCACCCCGGCCAACCUGGAGAAGCUCCGGAAUGUCAUGUGCAGCUACGUCUGGCAUCACCUGGACAUUGGCUACGUCCAAGGGAUGUGCGACCUUUUGGCCCCGUUGCUGGUCAUCUUGGAUGAUGAAGCUCUUGCGUUCAGCUGCUUCUCCGAACUCAUGAAGAGGAUGAACCAGAACUUCCCCCAUGGAGGAGCCAUGGAUACACACUUUGCCAACAUGCGAUCCCUCAUCCAGAUCUUGGACUCAGAGCUCUUUGAGCUGAUGCAUCAGAACGGUGACUACACCCACUUCUACUUCUGCUACCGCUGGUUCCUCCUGGACUUCAAGAGAGAGCUCCUCUACGAGGACGUCUUCUCCGCCUGGGAGGCCAUCUGGGCGGCCCGUUGCACAUCUUCCUCCCACUUUGUGCUCUUCAUGGCCUUGGCGCUGGUGGAGCUCUACCGAGACAUCAUCCUCGAGAACAACAUGGACUUCACUGACAUCAUCAAGUUCUUCAAUGAAAUGGCCGAGAGGCACGAUACCCAGGCGAUGCUGAAGCUGGCCCGGAACCUGGUCUACAAGGUCCAGACACUCAUUGAGAACAAAUGAAUGACCCAACGAACAAAGGGACAGACGGACGGAUGGAUGUGAGGGACCGGGAGGAAGACCACAUCUCACAUGAAUGAAAUGGGUUGGGAGUUGUAGUCCUACCGUUGACACCAAUGAAUGUUAUUGGGAGGAAAGGGGUGGAGAAUAGCCAUCAAUCGAUCUAUUGAUCAAUUCAGGGGAGAAAAAGAAGAUGGAAGAAUAGUCAAUCAAUCUACCAAUUUGGAAGAGAAAAGGAAGAAAUGGAUGAAAGAAUAAUCCACCAAUCAAUGAAUUCCUAACAGUUAACAUUAGAGCAGCUCCCUAAAAUCCAAUUAACUUUUGAUUAAAUUGACAAUUAUUUAACAAGUAUUUAAUUAAUGAGUAAGUAAUGACCAGUUAUUUAACUGUUCAUUACUCAUUAAUUAAAUUGUUGUUAAUUAACUACAGGCUAAUUAAUUAUUCAUUAAUUAUUAAGAAUUAAUGAACAAUUAAUGAAUGAAUGAUUAAGUAACAUUUACU